AUGGUCCGUAGUUGUAUCGGUGUGGUCUCGUAUGGUCCAAAUCCUAAGAAUCCCAUCUUCGUUCUCUGGUACGUCGUCGUCGUAAUGAACGCCACCGGAAAGCCAUCUGACGGUGAGCCGAACGUAGUCUCGCCCACUCAAAGUGUAUAUACCGGCACAAUUAGCUUCGGGCUCAGGCAAGGCGGACGCCUACGCCCUUUCAGUCGGGUCUCGCUUCAAUUCGAUCUUAUUUCGUCCGGUCACCAUUGUUGUAAGGUGAUGGGAAUGCGUGACCUGUUGGCCCGCAAUCCGAUCCUGAACUAUACGGUGAGAACACCAAGAGGCUCUCUACUUCAUUCCCGUGGAAGUUUCAUCCGUAUGCACUCCGGCUGUUCAGCUGUCUUGGCUUCCGCUGGACCCUGUGCUUCUAUUUGCAAGAGUAGUAUUGCCAUCUCGAGGUCUAUGCGUUCCUCGUUGGCGAGGAUUGAAAGCACUGACAAAGAAUCGCCCCUGCAGCAGCUGAUGAUCAAUAACAAUCUGAGCCAUCAUAUUUGCCCCAAGUAA